CUUAUAAUGGAGCCGCUGUGCGCGGAGCCGCCCGCCGCCGCCGCCGCCGCCGCCGCCGCCGUCCCUCCUCUUUUUUUUCCCGGCAGAUCUUUGUUGUGUGGGAGGGCAGCGGGGAUGGACUUGAGCUUGCGGAUCUCCUGCUAGAGCCGCCCCGCUGGGCGAGGGCGCCGCAGCCGCGAGGAGGAGCCGCCGCCGUCGCCGUCGCUGUCACCGCCGCCGCCCCGGCCUGCGCCGCCCGCGCCCCGCUCGCCCUCGCCUCCUCGCCGAGUCCCCUCGCGGCGGCAGAUGAGUGUGGGGUCAGCCCACGGCGAGGACUAUGGUGAAAUUCCCGGCGCUCACGCACUACUGGCCCCUGAUCCGGUUCCUGGUGCCCCUGGGCAUCACCAACAUAGCCAUCGACUUCGGGGAGCAGGCCUUGAACCGGGGCAUUGCUGCUGUCAAGGAGGAUGCAGUGGAGAUGCUGGCCAGCUACGGGCUGGCGUAUUCCCUGAUGAAGUUCUUCACGGGUCCCAUGAGUGACUUUAAAAAUGUGGGCCUGGUGUUCGUGAACAGCAAGCGAGACAGGACCAAGGCCGUCCUGUGCAUGGUAGUGGCUGGAGCCAUCGCCGCUGCCUUCCACACUCUCAUAGCUUAUAGUGAUUUAGGCUACUACAUUAUCAAUAAGCUGCACCAUGUGGAUGAGUCCGUGGGGAGUAAGACAAGAAGGGCCUUCCUGUAUCUCGCUGCCUUCCCUUUUAUGGAUGCCAUGGCAUGGACGCAUGCUGGCAUUCUCCUGAAACACAAGUACAGCUUCCUGGUGGGAUGUGCCUCCAUCUCAGACGUCAUAGCUCAGGUUGUUUUCGUCGCCAUUCUGCUCCACAGCCACCUGGAAUGCCGAGAGCCGCUGCUCAUCCCCAUCCUCUCCCUGUACAUGGGUGCGCUCGUGCGCUGCACCACCCUGUGCCUGGGCUACUACCGGAACAUCCACGACAUCAUCCCCGACAGGAGCGGGCCCGAGCUGGGGGGAGAUGCAACAAUCAGAAAGAUGCUGAGCUUCUGGUGGCCUUUGGCUCUGAUUUUGGCCACGCAGAGGAUCAGUAGGCCCAUUGUCAACCUCUUUGUUUCCCGGGACCUUGGUGGCAGUUCUGCAGCUACGGAGGCUGUGGCAAUUUUGACAGCUACGUACCCUGUGGGCCACAUGCCGUACGGCUGGCUGACGGAAAUCCGCGCUGUCUAUCCUGCUUUUGACAAGAACAACCCCAGCAACAAACUGGCGAACACAAGCAACACAGUCACAUCGGCUCACAUCAAGAGGUUCACGUUCGUGUGCAUGGCCUUGUCGCUGACGCUCUGUUUUGUGAUGUUCUGGACCCCCAACGUCUCCGAGAAGAUUCUGAUAGACAUCAUUGGAGUGGACUUUGCCUUUGCUGAGCUCUGCGUCAUUCCUCUGCGUAUCUUCUCAUUCUUCCCCGUCCCAGUCACCGUCAGGGCCCAUCUCACCGGGUGGCUGAUGACCCUGAAGAAAACCUUUGUCCUGGCGCCCAGCUCCGUGCUGCGGAUCAUCGUACUCAUCACCAGCCUCGUGGUCCUGCCCUACCUGGGGGUGCAUGGAGCCACCCUGGGCGUGGGCUCCCUGCUCGCGGGCUUCGUGGGAGAAUCCACCAUGGUCGCCAUUGCUGCAUGCUAUGUCUACCGGAAACAGAAAAAGAAGAUGGAGAACGAGUCAGCCACGGAGGGGGAAGACUCCGCAAUGACCGACAUGCCUCCCACGGAGGAGGUGACAGACGUCGUGGAAAUGAGAGAGGAGCGUGAAUAAAGCACGGGACACGAGGGGGCACUGCGGGGACCGUUGGGACGACUCUUCAGCACCGUCUCCUGCCUCUCCCGUCGUGUCCUCUCCCAUCAUGCCCUCUCUUUCCCCUCCCCUCUCCUCCUCUCUCCUCCUCUCAACGAAAGAGGCCUUGAAGGUUUCGUGUAAAUCCUCUAGCAUACUGAGUAUGCUCACACUGAUGUGGGGGCCUAAGGAAAGGUCUUCACCGUGGCUUUGGAAACACAAAACCACUGACUUUGUGCCCCUGCUUCAUGAAAACCCAAAAGAUACAGCUGCCUCGUAGUAAAGUCUCUGCUCCCUGGAUAAUCGCCACUUGCAACCAAAGGACUGCGGCUGCACCACCGCCUGGCGGGCCUCUGCCCAGCAGGCCGCAGACUCUCCCUUUGUCUCUUUCGAAUCGGCAGGUAAAGGCACAGCCCCUCUGACGUGCCUCCUAGCACAUGGACUCGGCAGCCAGCCCCACCUCCCUCCCACCACGGACUCAUCAGCUGCCUGCCACGCACAUAGGUGGCCACGUGCUGCAGCCGGAGUCGUCGUCCAUACUGAGCACCAGAUCUGUGACCGCGCCGGGCUGAUGUAUGUAUGACAUAAUCUCCGUAGGAAGGUCUGGAUGCCACAGAGUAGCAGGCGGACACGGUCAACAGCAGCAGCAUCUCACGUGUUUUCCUAGGUUUGAGUGAGCCGUCACACCCCACUGUGUGUAUGCACAAGUUAACUUUUUAAAGUUGUCGCACAAGCCCACCUCCAGACGCCAGCACCCUUCCGCAUGACUUUCCCCGAAGGCUUGCUUUUCACCUGCCUCUCCUGAAGGUGGCACUAGAGCGAGUUAAACGGUGUGUUCUAGCUUCCCAUUUAGUUUUACCGUGAACUGAAGCUUUAAGUCAUAAUCCAGCAUUCUAAUGCCAGAUUGCUCUCUCAUAACCUUUGAAGUAGAUUUAUUACCUGGUUCUGCCAUUCCUAGUCACAACUUUGCGGUACAGGUAAUUCAGAGUGCACUACGGUACUUCUGUCUCACACACCAUAAAGCAAGACAUUUUAUAAACAGUUAUCAAAGUCACUAUGUGAUAUUCCCUGAAAUAAUGCAUUGGAAGUCCAUUUAGUGCAGUAUAUUUUUCUAAGUUUUGGAAAGCGGGUUUUUUCCUUUAAAAAAUUAUGGACACAGGUCACUAAAUUCUUGAUUUAGUCAAAAUAACUAGACUGAAAGAACCUAAACAAAAAAAAUAUUUUAAAGAUAUAAAUAUAUGCUGUAUAUGUUAUGUAAUUUAUUUUAGGCUAUAAUACAUUUCCUAUUUUCGCAUUUUCAAUAAAAUGUCUCUAAUACAAUAUGGUGAUUGCCUGCGUGCUCGCAUACCUACAGUAGAAUUGUAUCAGUGGCCAUAUCUUAUUUGUGUAGUUUAUUUUUACAAACUCCCUCAUUUGUAUAUGAAUGUAAGGAUUGGUAAAUGCAAGAGAACUAUUUUCCAUGAUGGGUAACUGGAAAUAAAUGGGUCCACUGGUGUAGACAACAAUGGGUAUGAGGAUGCUCAGAAGGGCAAAAGAGAAAAAGAAGAGGCCUUGCUUGCUGGUCGUCUUCAGUGCUGUGUAACCAUACUGUUCCACACAGAAACAAGACUAAGGGCGUGACAUCGGCGGUGGACAUCACAGGGUUUCAUUCACAUCUGGAUACCCAGUGCCCUCGGAUGUGCCUACCACAGGGACAAGUCCCUGUGUGCUUCCUCCAAGUGGCUUCUCCAUUUUUAUCUAUAAGUGCUGAAAAUUAAGAUGCAUAGCUGCUUUGGGGUGGUUUCAGGGGCAGAUCUGAAAAGACUGAAAAAACCCAUCUAAUUGUAUUGGCUUUUUUUAAAGUACAUGACUAGAAAAUUAAACAGCAGUAUUUUUUAA